GAUGUCUGUGUUAUGUCUUCUAGUGACCGGAGUGUUGAGCAAACACAUAGAUCACAGAAACCUGUUGACACAGAGAGUAUGCUGCAGAAGACAGAGUCACUUCAUCUACAUUGGACAAGACAUCUCUGGGAGUCCUGUCAAUAUUGAUGUGGGAAUGUGUAGGUUGCACUGUGGGGGGGCACCCAGGCCAUCACAUGAAGCAGGACGGCAGGAAUACUCAAAACAUUCCUCAAUGCUGGAAUUUCUCAGGAGCAAAAAAAUGAGGUCGCGCGGACCUGCAGCCCCAGAGAGCUCGGAGCAGUCGAAUCAGCUACCCUCCUGCGGGAUGAGCCAGGUGUGUGAGCCGACUGGGAUGCGCGUGGACCGGGUGCUUCUGUUCGAGGGACCCCGGGAGGUGGAGGUCAUCGAGGAAUGCCACUGCGAGAUCAAGCUGACUCAGUGCAUCCGAGUCCCUGCACUAAAGACUUAUUACUCCGAAACACCGUAUGAGACAGUCAUCGACGUGGGAGGAUGCCCCCGCUCGAAGGGCUCGCCAGAGGGAUUCUCCUGUGUCCCCACUAAGUUUAACUCAGCCUUGUUGGAGACCCCCAACAAAGUGGUCCUCAUCCAAACAGUGGCGGCCUGUGAGCUGAAGGAAAGCUGCUACAGGGUCCCAUAUGUGGAGUAUUACUAUGAAAUAGUCCACCAUGCAGAUGGAGUCAAAGAGGAGAAGCUCAAAGAAAUAGAUGUGGGCAGAUGUUUGGGAGGCUGUACUACAGGAAACCGAUGCCUUCUCAGGAGUCCAUCAGAUCCACAAAUCUGCCACUUAUGGGCUGAAGGACAGUCCAGCGCCUGUGUUCCUCAGGGCUACGAGAGCCACAGCUUCGUUAACCAGCAUGGGCACAUACGCACGGUCCUCUCCAUCACUUCCUGCCUUUGCCAAAACUGA